AUGACCCGCCGUCCCCCAUUAUGUGAGAGCGUCAACUCGAGAUUAUCAUGCCCAAGACUAAUCGCCAGUAGGAUUGAGCCCUCUAUUCGCGUUCGCCGGGCAAUUCAUGCCAAUGAUGCGACACUCCUCCGCCGAAUUCUGAAGUCACAUCCCACUCUCCUCCUCAACCCCGACUCUUCACCAUCCGGUCUCUCCAAUUCGAACAUGCACCUAGCAGCCUCACUAGGCCAUCGCGAAGUCUGCGAAGUCCUCUUGCAGCUUGGUCACGAAGAUCCAGUCCCUGCACUCAACGAGACCCAUCAAACAGCACUUAUGCUCGCCUCAGCCGAAGGCCAUACCGAGGUUGUACAACUCCUCUGCGAACACGAUAAAACAUGUAUACUUCGCCGCGACAUCCGAGGUCGUGAUGCUGUGAUGGAAGCUAGCCUUGGCGGACACGACACUAUCGUCCAACUCCUCCUUACGUUUGUCCCCGGCGGACCUUACGAUGCAGUCCGCCGCGCGGACGUUGAAGGGAAUACGGCGUUGCAUUUUGCGAGUGGGAACGGCAACCUGUUAGUGCUGCGAACGCUGCUGGCGGCGGGCGCGGAUAUACAUAAGCGAAACAUAUGGAAUUGGACGCCAGCUGCGUACAGCGCUACUGUGCAGGCCGAGGUCUAUCUGAAGGGUCUGGUGAAUGAGGUGGGCAAGAGACAGCAGCAGCAACAGAAGAGGGAGAUUGAGUCAGCUAAGAAGGGAGGGGGGGUUCGUGUCGUUGAGGCUACUAGCGACGAAGACUAA